AAAAACGUUAAAAAAUUUUUUUUAAUGCAUAAAAUUAGAGAAAUACACCAAAAUAACAAUAGUGAUGAUCUCUAAUGGCAUCAUGCCCAUUUUUCAUUCUCAUAGGCUUUUGUUUUUACAUUUUCUUCGGUAAUCAUUAGCUUACUUAAUAUCAGAAAAUAGAAACAUGCUAAAAAAGUAAAAAACAAUAUAAUAGAACCAAUAUGACCUCUUUCUAAGCAUUACACAUCCCCUUUCCCUAAUAGAAAUAAAGUAUAUGAUUUCUACUACCUCCUUAAAAGUCUUGACAAUGUCUAUUUUGCAAAUAUACUACCACAUUAAUUCAUUAAAUGCAGGAUUCUGUAAUGGGCACCGAAAAAAUAUAAAAUCUCAAAUAUAGAGGCUGAAAGGUAGACUAAUGACUUUUCCCUACACAACAAACUGCAUUUAAUCACUUGGCUCCUUAAUACUAUAAUUUUCUUUUGCACCAAAUCUAAAUGUAUUUUUAGAAUAUGAAUUCAUAUGCAUUAUUAGAUUUAAAAAGGGGGUUUGUGUAAAUAAGUAAAUAUAUUAAGCUUCUAAUCACAUUAGAGGUGAUGAACAUUUUUAUUUUACACUGUUCUAGGAUUUAUACCUGUGAUAUAUGCCUAUACUGACAUUUUGAGCAUCAAAGGUCUCAAAAUGAUGAUGUUCAUUAGAUACCAGGGACCAUAUGAAGCCCUGAUUUCCUGAUGAAUUGUUGAUUGCUGUUACAAGGGAGCAACUGAAUAGUAACACUAAAAGAGCAAAUAAACUGGGUGUAAAACCUUCCUCAGAACCAGUAACACUGCUCCUAGUAAAAAGUGGGUGGGAGGCUAGUGUGUAGGGUCAUCUUGGUCUUGAGGCAUUUGGUAUCAGAACGUGAUGAUAAUACUCUCGAAGAUCAUGAGAGUGAAGAUAAUACAUAGCAGCAGCUAACAUUUGGGCAUUUACUGUUUCCUCCUCUUUGUGCUAAAUGCUUUACUGUAUUUCAGUUAAUCAUUUAACCCUCCCUGUUAAAAGAGAUUAUCCCAAUUGACCAUCUCUAGGAAAUAGGUGCCUUAAUUUCUUCAUCAUAUCCAUCCCUUUUACCCGAGUUCUGAAUAUCUGAGCUAAGUGAGAGGGUCAUCAAACUUGGUAGAUGAAUGCAGUAACUAGCUUAGUUCCUGAGAACAUUUUUCAACAAUGAUCAUUAUACAAAUCCUAACAGUAACAAAGACACCUUUUCCUUUUCUUUCUUUCGUCUUUUUUUUUUUUUCUUUUAACUGAGCGGCAAGCACACAGCAAUCCGUUUAACGUGAAAGGUUCAACUUGAAGCUCUGGCCUCUCAAGGCUCCGCCCCAGGAUCUAGCCACGCCCCUGGGAGUAAGUAAGGCCUCUACCUGCCUCCCGAGGAAGGAACUUCGCGCGUGCCUCUCGCGGGAUCUUUUCGGCGAGAUUUCUAUAACGCAGGCAAAGCAGUAUCUCGCGGGAAGUUGAACCGGAAAAGUGAGGGUUGGAAGCGAAUGCGGGUGAAGCUCGCGCGUGAGGCUGUGCUUUUGGUUUCCUGGAGGUUUUGGAUGCUGGAUGGUUAGACCUCUUGUUUGGCAUCUCCCAGCGGGAUAAUGUUGACCCGGCUGAAAACAAAAUCAGAGAGGAAGCUUGCAAAACAAAUUUGCAAAGUUGUUUUGGAUCAUUUUGAAAAACAGUAUUCCAAAGAACUUGGAGAUGCCUGGAAUACAAUAAGGGAUAUACUAAUAACACCAUCAUGCUGGCAAUAUGCUGUCCUUCUUAACCGAUUCAAUUAUUCUUUUGAACUGGAAAAAGAUUUACGUUUAAAGGGCUAUCACACACUCUUUCAAGGAUCUUUACCCUACUGUCCCAAAUCAAUGAAGUGUUACCUUAGUAAAACUCCAGACAGAAUGCCUUCAGAAAGACACCAAAUUGGAAAUCUAAAAAAAUACUAUCUCCUGAAUGCCGCCUCUCUUCUCCCAGUAUUGGCUCUGGAGUUAAGAGAUGGGGAGAAGGUUCUGGAUCUGUGUGCAGCUCCUGGAGGCAAAUCAAUAGCUCUGCUGCAGUGCGCUUAUCCAGGUUAUCUUCACUGUAAUGAACAUGAUAGUCUGAGAUUGAGGUGGCUGAGGCAGACGUUAGAAUCAUUCAUCCCGCAGCCUUUGGUAAAUGUAAUUAAAGUGUCUGAAUUGGAUGGCAGAGAAAUGGGAGAUGCCCAGCCUGAAAUGUUUGACAAGGUGUUAGUUGAUGCUCCGUGUUCAAAUGAUCGAAAUUGGUUGUUCUCUUCUGAUUCUCAGAAGGCAGCCUGGAGGAUAAGCCAAAGGAGCAAUUUGCCUGUUCUGCAGAUAGAACUCUUGAGGUCUGCAAUUAAGGCCUUACGCCCUGGAGGGUUACUUGUGUACUCUACAUGCACACUUUCCAAGGCAGAAAAUCAAGAUGUCAUCAGUGAAAUUUUAAACUCCUACAGUAACAUCAUGCCCGUGGACAUUAAGGAAAUGGCAAGGACUUGCUCCCAAGACUUCACAUUUGCUCCCACUGGCCAGGAAUGUGGACUCUUGGUGAUACCAGAUAAGGGCAAAGCCUGGGGCCCAAUGUAUGUGGCCAAAUUGAAAAAAUCAUGGACUACGUGAAAUUGGUGACUUGCAUUUUGUAAACCAUGUCAAUGUGUUAUUUUGUUUUCCUGAGCUCUUUCUGUUUUAACAUUUAAAUAAUUAUGGAGUCAUUUUCCCUGGGUCUGUUUGGAAUCCUAUUUAGUUAAUACUUGGCAUCUCAGAAUUUAGGCUUGAGAAUUUUCCAGGUGUAUUUUUUUCCUGAAAAUACAUCUAUAGCACUGGUUUAAGGUGUUGCAGAUGGUGUUUGUUCUGUAUAAUACAUCUCCUGUCUUUUAGUUGGCAUUUUGUAGUUAAAUUAGUCAGAAUACAUGGUUCUAUGCAUAAUGUGUUUAGGAAUACAUUCUAUCCAUGAUGUUGGUGCUUUGAACCUUUAAAAAUGCACAUGUCCUGGCCCUUUCAUAAUUUUUCUCCUUAUCAAAUAUACAGAUUCUUUAGAAGUCCCACCCCCUAUCCUUUUUCUGUAAGAACUGAUUAGAAUUCUGAGACUAACUUCUUAAGCAGCACUAUUUCUAGUUCUAGAAAAUAGGUUUCUUAUUUGCCACGUUGUUUUCUGCUAAGGACUAUCUUCUGUUUACUGCAAAGGUCAGUGACUCUAUUGACACCAGCUUUAUUUCUCCACUUUUUUUUGUAUUCACAAAUACAAAUUGAAAGGGUAAAUUAUGUUGAAAGGCUGUUAGAACAGCAGAUUCACAUGCGCAAGUUUGACUUUCGACAUUCAGGUUGUAGAAUAAUGGAGUCUAUCCAGCAGGCUAUAAAGCAAGUACUUGAAACAAAACCAGAAUGAUUAAUAACUACAAUAACUGAACUAUAUUUGGAGAGUUUUGUUACAUAAUUGCAGUCAUAAUGAGCACUACAGAAUCUGAUUAUCUUACCGUUGCAAUCUGGAGGGGCUUUUUAUUUCACUCUGCUAUGAAAUGUUAUAUGAGAGUAUGAUGUCACAUAUUAAUGCACAAGAAGGAGAUGCCUAAUGAGAGUGGAUUAUACUAUUACCAGAGCCCAAUACCAUUUACUGAGUGACUCUUUCUGUUUACAUAUAUCUGGGAAUCUUGUGUACAUUUCUGUAUAUGAACUUAGGGUUUUAGCUUCAGGUUUGGAUCAUGUGUUUUCUCUAGAAAUUACUUCACUUAGAGUCCAAAUGUACUUUUCCAACUAUUAAGAAAAAUUCUGCAGCAUACUUCAAAAGAGAAUAUCUAUUUGGAAAUUAACUUAAAAAAAUAAACUGACUAUAGAAAUAGAAAAUUCUGUUGAAGCUGAAUCUUUUUGAAUUUGUUUACUAUAUUCUAUGCAUUUAAACUACAGACUGCUCAUUAACUGGUUUUUUUUUUUGUAUGUUUCUUUGUUUUUGUUUUUGUUUUUUUUAAUUUGCAAGCAUAUAUAACGAGUUUCCUAUAGCUGGGAAUGAAAAACCAGAUCUCUUAGACUCGAUGAAAUAUACUGGAUUAAUACAGAAAAUUAAUGAUAAUGGAAAACUUAUUAUUUAUUUAUUUAAGUUUGUGCUUGUUUUGUUUUUUUUUCAGUUUGAAACCCUGUCUUCAGUUAUUAUAGAUUUAAAAGUGCAUUUAUUCUGUGUAGGUUAAUCACAAAGUAAAUUUUCACAGUGCA